AUGGAUUGGAUCGAGCUGUUUUUCCUCCAUCCUGUAUCAUUUUAUCAAGGGGCAGCUUUUCCUUUUGCACUUCUGUUUAAUUAUCUCUGCAUCUGGGAUUCAUUUUCUACUUGGGCCAGGUACCUUUUUCUCCUGGCUGGAGGUGGCGUGCUGGCCUUGGCAGCCAUGGGUGUCUACGCUGUGCUUGUCUUCAUCCCUGCAGCCUGUGCUGUGGUUCUGGUCUCCUCCCUUGGCCCACAGGAUGUCCACAGGUGGACUUUCUUCUUUCAGAUGAGCUGGCAGACCCUUUGUCACCUGGGUCUGCACUACACCGAGUACUAUUUGCAAGAGCCUCCUUCCCCGAGGUUCUGCGUCACUCUUUCUUCCCUCAUGCUUUUGACUCAGAGGGUCACAUCCCUCUCUCUGGACAUUUGUGAGGGAAAAGUGGAACCAGCCACAGGAGGCAUCGGGAGCAGGCGCUGUGUGUCCGAGCAUCUGCGUAAGGCUCUGCCCUAUUGCAGCUACUUGCUCUUUUUCCCUGCUCUGCUGGGAGGCCCUCUGUGUUCCUUCCAGAGAUUUCAGGCUCACGUUCAGGCAUCCAGUUCUUUGUGUGGCUGCUCAUUCUGGGCUCUGACCUGGAGAGGCCUGCAGAUUCUUGGACUGGAGUGUUUAAAGGUGGUCCUCCGAGGUGUGGUGGGUGCAGGAGCAGGACUGACUGACUGCCAGCAGCUCGAGUGCAUUUAUGUCCUGUGUGCCACGGCUGGGCUCUUCAAACUCACCUACUACUCCCAGUGGAUGCUGGAUGACUGGCUCCUCCAUGCAGCCGGCUUUGGGUCUGCGUGUGACCGCAGCACUGGUGAAGAGGGAUACGUACCUGACGCAGACAUCUGGACCCUGGAAACUGCCCACAGGCUGGCUUUGUUCACAAGAAAGUGGAACCAGAGCACAGCCCGGUGGCUGCGCCGGCUGGUGUUCCAGCAGUGCAGGCGCUGGCCGCUGCUGCAGACCUUUGCCUUCUCGGCCUGGUGGCAUGGGCUCCACCCAGGACAAGUGUUUGGCUUCCUGUGCUGGGCCGUGAUGGUAGAAGCUGAUUAUCUGAUCCACGCCUUUGCCGACUCAUCUCUCAGAUCCUGGCCUCUGAAGCUGCUCUACAGAACCUUUAGCUGGGCCCACACACAGCUUAUUGCUGCUUACAUAAUGCUGGCUGUGGAAGGCAGGAGCCUCUCUGCCCUCUGGUCCCUGUGUAAUUCCUACAACAGUGUCUUUCCCAUAGUAUACUGUGUUCUGCUUUUUUUAUUAGUGAAGAGAAAGCACAAAGUUAACUGA